AUGGCGGGGUAUUUGACUCCGCGCUUCAGGAGGAUCCGCAGCCGGAGCGAGUUGCAGCCGCGGCGGGGGAGCGGGCGGCGCCGAGGCUGUGAUGGUCCUUUUCAAGCAACUCAGCUGUGGAAUAGCAUUAUACAUGCCCUUCACAAUCAAGUGGAAAUCAAAAGACGUAGGCAACACCUGAAAACAUACAGAAACUGUUUCACUGGCUCCAAUGCUGUUGAUGUGGUACUGAGCCAUCUCAUGCAAAGCAUGUACCUAAGCUGCAAUGAUAUUUCUCGACUGAAGGGGGUCCGUGUAUGCCAAGCGUUGAUGGAUCACAAAGUGUUCGAGCCAGUUGGAGCCAAGCUUUACUUAUUCAAGCAUGGGAAAGAAACAGAGUUUGAAGACACAGACACUAGUCUCUACAGAUUUGUAAAUAGCAGUCUUGAUCCUCUUCUUCCAAGAAAGAAUAAGGACAGUGAAAGUUUAUCUCCUGAGCAAAUCUGCCAACAGAAAACAAAAAUAUGUUUCAACAGAACAACAUGUGACACAACACUUUCAAACCCCUUAGCAUUGGAAGCAGCUGAUAAAAAGAGGGUUGAGGAGCUUCUUGGAUCAAUAUAUGUUCAUACGUCUUUACCUCCAAAGAUCAUGGUUAAUGAACCAACUCGCCUGCUCUCAAAAGGAGUAAUAGAAGAUGUCUGGAAACAACAAACUCUGCUACGACUGCUGCAGUUAAUUGAUGUUCCCCUUCUAGAAGAUAUCUUGGUGUCUUCAGUGAAGACAAAAUCAGACAGUUUUGGCAAAGAAGAAGACAUGGUUAUCUCAAAUACUUUCCUGGACAGAGAGGUUAUGUGUAGCUUAAACUUGCCCGAGCUUGACAGAUGGCUCUAUGCUGCAAUUGAAUGCUUGGAGUAUUUUCCUGACCAAUUCCUAGUGAUGGUUAGUCAGCAGCUACCUCAAAGCACUAACAACCCCAGCAGUCUGAAUACAUGCAAGAAGAUUCUUUUUGAUGUUAUAAUGAAGUAUUAUAGUCAAAAGAAGGAGUCUCUUCUUGCCACUCAGGAUUUUGAUAUUCAUUCAGGAAUUAUAGAACUUAUAGAAAAAGGAAAAACACAUCAAGCUCUAGAGGCAUUACAACUUUAUUUAAAGUUAUUAGCACCAAAUAUUAGUGAUGAACUUCACAGGCUCCUUACAUUCCUGGCCAUUGCAUCAGAAUCUGAGGGCUACAGAUUGCAAAAACAAUUUGAGAACAGAUUUGUGAUCAUCAAGACUUGUACAAAGUUCAUCUUACAAAAUAGGACACUGUCAAAACCACAGGCAGAGCUGCUGACUCAGUUUCUGAUUGAUAAUCACUUGGAGCUCUUCAAGGCUCCUUUAACUCUUCUGGAACUAACAAGUAGGAGACUUCAGAGUUUGAUAGAAGGGCAAGAUCCAGAUAUGAAUUCAGGCUUCACCUUCUGUCAGCACAUUACAACUAAAGAAUAUGAAGAUCAAAAGCAGCAAACCAAUCAGUACCUUCUAGCACUGAUUCACGACAUGGACAAUGACCCUACUAUUCCUUUGAAACAAAAGAAGAAAUUAAUCAAAGAAUUCCGAAAAUACCAUUCUUUUGUCUACUGUACUGGUUGUAAAACUACAUGUGAAUUUUGUACUCCAAAUGGUUAG